GCGAUGAUGUAUGGCUUGACGACGACACUCAAAAGUGAGAUCGUGAAGAUCGCACCGAGGGGACGUGUGAAUUGUAUUGCACCUGGAUGGGUUUCGACGCCGAUGGUACAAGAGGCCCUGAAUGAUCCGGCCGUCAGCGGACCUCUAUUAGCCGCCACUCCGUUGAAAAAAACUUGGGACACCUCUGGACGUUGCAAACCAAAUAGUGGUAGUGUCUUCAUCUGUGAUCUCGGGACAUGUGACAGGGCAAGUGAUCUUUGUAGAAGGCGGUUGUGUAGGGGACAUUUGAACAGUGACUGAAUGAGUCAAACACAGGAUCGUGGCUCGCGUCAGUAUAUCAUGAAAGUACAUAUUUGGGCAGCAGACACGUGAAGUAUAUGUUGUGAGCUCUGCA